AUGCACAUGGUGGCCGCAGGAUGCGGCAAGGCGGUCGCGGCCAAGCUGACCGCCGCCGACACCCCCGCGGGCAGUGGCGAAGGCGGCAAGGCCAGCUCAGCCUCCACCGACGAUGUGGAGCUGGGGGUGGUGGAGAGGUCUGAGCAGCCCACCAUCAAGCUGGAGGUGGCGGCGGCAGAGCAGCAGCACCUCCCUGCCGCCGCCGACGCGCUGUCCGACUACUUCAACGCUGCUGCUGCGGCCCUGCCCUCCUCGCUGCCGCCCGCCGCACCCACGACCUCCUCGCCGCUGGCGACAGACAGCGAGGACGGCGAGGCGCUGCGGGUGACCAUCGACAGCAAGGAGCGGCUGCGCUGGUCGCCGCAGCUGCACCAGCGCUUCUGCAAGGCGGUGGCUGAGCUGGGGGGCUCGGCCGUUGCCAAGCCCAAGGAUAUUGUGACCAAGAUGGGGGUGCCGGGCCUCACGCUGGCUCACGUGAAGAGCCACCUGCAAAAGCACCGGCAGCAGGAGGGCGUCACCUACGUGCCUCACUCCACCCGCAACUCACCCGCCGCCACCCGCCGCUUCCACAGCCAGCAGCACGCGGCGGCGGCGCAGCCGCGCGGUUGGCCCGCGGCAGGGCGCAGCGGCAGCUCCAGCGACUCUGAGGAGCCUCCCGCGGCCAAGCGCGCCCGCACCGCCUCGCGCGGCGCCUCGCCCGCCAGCGGCGACGCCAGCGCCGGCGGCCAGUGGGCCCAGCAGCCACGGCAGCCGCUCGGCGCCGUCGUCGGCGGCGACGGCGGUGCUGCCGGUAUGCCCAUGGCCAGCUCCGCCGCUGCCACCGCCAGCUCAGCAGACCCUUUCCUGCACUACCUCCAGGCCCUGGCAAGCGUGCCGGCAGCCCAGCCGCAGGAGGCGCCGCCGCCGCUUCCGGUGCCGCUGGAGUCUGCUGCGGAGCAGGAUGACGGAGGCCUGCACAGGCUGCACGCUCUUGCGGAGCUGGCCAGCACGCAGUACGAUGAGCUGAUGGCUGAGCGGCGGGCGCUGGAGGGGCAGGCAGCCACGCUGGGCGCGCUGGCGGAGCGGCUGGCGGCGCCGCCGCACCAGGCGCAGUGGGCUGCGCAGGCUCCCGGCCUGCACGCCACGGUGGGCCCGCUGCUGCUGCGGCAGGCGCAGGUGCAGGAGGCGGUGCGGGAGCACAUGCGGCGUGGGGCGCUGCUGAUGGAGGAGGUGCGGGCCUUCCAGCGGGCCGCCCAGGAGCAGCUGGCACAGCAGGUGCAGCAAGGGCCUGGCGCCAUGAGCAUGGUUGCUGCAGCCAUGGCAGCGCUGCGGGGCGCCGCGGAGCAGCGCGGUGGUCCAGCGGUGGGGCAGCCAGGCGUGCCCCCCAGCCUCGCCACCCAGCUGCUGGCAGUCAUGGCUGCAGCCGGCGUGGGCGCUGCCCCCGGAGUCGUGCCACCUGCGCCACAGCCAGCGCCGAACGCCGCGGGCGCUGCCGCUGGCCUGGCGCAGCUACAGCACCUGUACCAAAGCGCAGCGAUGUUGGCCGCGCGCCAGCAGGCAUAA